CAUGCGCAAGCGCAGCCAAGUUCACGUGGGAAAAGUUUACUUCUAUUUCAAAUAAUUUGUGAUAAACUUCGAGGUCUUUUUCCGAUGGCGAUGUCGAGCAAUUAUAAUUUGCGGACCAAAGUGCUAGUCCAGCCAUUAGUGCUUUUCCAGAUCAUCGACGCCUACGAGCGUCGGCCCAAGGAUGCCAAUCAGGUUAUUGGCACUCUGCUGGGUCGCUUCAAUAACAAGCACGGUCGCACUGAAAUCACCAACUGUUUCUCGGUUCUGUACAAGGAGAAUGGCGGCCGCCUUGACCUGAAUCUCGGUUAUGCCACAGACAUGCUGGAGCUGAACCAGCUCACAUUUCCUCAGGAGCGCGUGGUCGGAUGGUUCUCCACCGGGAAGGCUGUCUCGCGAUCGGCCACCCAGUUACACGAAUAUUAUGCCAAGGAAUGUACAGAGGGGCGGCCGUUGCACUUGCUGGUGGAUGCCGCCCUGCGGGGACAGCGCCUCUCGACGCGCCUGUACUGCGCCGUGGAGAUGGGGGUGCCCGGCGGCACCAAGGGUCUUAUGUUUUCCAUGCUGCCCCUGGAGAUGGCCAGUGGCAGUGCCGAGGCGGUGGCCCUGCGUCUGAUGCAAAAGCAGAAUUCGCACUCGACCAACAAGCAGGUGGGGCACAUCCUCCCGGAGUUGGUGCAGGUGGUUGAUGCUACGCGGGACCUCCAGCAGCGUCUGGACCUAGUGCUGCGCUACAUCAACGAUGUCCUGGCCCGGAAGAGACGUCCGGACAAUGUAGUUGGACGGGCCCUGCAUGAUGCUUUGACCUCUGUACCCAUGGUGGACUCGGAUAGCUUCCGUAUGAUGUUCAAUGCCAACGUGCGCGAUAUGCUUAUGGCCAUCACGCUCUCCACGAUGAUCAAGACCCAGUUGCAAAUUAGCGAGAAGUUGUCCGGAAUGCCGGAUCAGGAUCUGGACUCCCACCACUCCAAGUUUAAGUUCUGUCAAUAAAGAACUGCAUUCCCGGGGCAUUCCCCGUUUCGUAUGUGGAAGCUUCCACCGCGUA